CCGCACCGAGUCCGGGCGCAACUUGACGCAAUGAGUCGGUUGACUCAUCGCUCGUUGAAAUUCUUCGGCGAACUUGGCCGUUUUCCGAGGCCAAUUAUUUAUUUCAAGAGUCGGAAAUCCGCCUCCCUCCUCGAAAAGUUUUUGGCUUUUUUCUGUUUUCCUCUUUUUUUCAUCAGUCAUGUAUCAAAUCCUGUACUAGCUCUCUCAUGUCAACAACUCGAUACCCAAUACCCAAUACCCUUUCAUGUUUUCCACGAUAUAUCAUCAUCUAUAUACCUGAGUAGUUUCAUCCGAGGUCAUCACAUCUUUUCAUCAAUUGACGUCAAUUGACGACAUCCCAAUAUACAAUAAAAUCUUUUUAAAACAAACAACCGAUUGUCCCACCGCCGCAACAAUGAAGUUGUACCCCUCCAUCAACCCCGACCUCGCCGACUGGGCCGCCCGCCAACCCGUCUUCUUCACGGCCUCGGCCCCAACCCACCACCCCCACAUCAACGUCUCCCCCAAGGGCCUCUCCGCCCACUUCGCCGUCCUCUCGCCCACCUUGGUCGCCUACAUUGACCGCACCGGCUCCGGGUGCGAGACCAUUGCCCACAGCUACGAGAAUGGCCGGCUGACGCUCAUGUUCAUGUCUUUUGGCCCCGCCCCGCGCAUCUUGCGUCUGUUUUGCAAGAGCAGGAUCGUGGAGUGGGAUCACCCGGACUUUGACUCGUGGAUGAAGCGUAUUAUCCCGCAAGGCGAGGCUGGUAAUAGGGACUCGUAUGACGGGGCUAGGGCCGUUGUUAUUGGCGAGGUGUGGGAGGUGCAGACGAGCUGCGGGUAUGGUGUCCCCAUGGUGCGGAAGGAACUCUAUGCGCCUGCGACGGCGUCUGAGGACGGGACGCUCGAGAAGGCGCAGCAGCAUCACGACAUUGUCGACAACGAUAAAGAGGAGCCCGCCAAGAGCAAAGACGAGCUCUCCGUCUUUGAGGAGCGACCCACCCUCGACUUUUACUGGAAGAAGCGCGUCGACAAUAAUACCGUCAAUAAGUACCAGGUCGAGACGAACCGCACCUCCAUCGACGGCCUACCUGGCUUGAAAGCCGCGCGGCGGGAUGCCGGGGAGACGCUUUGGGUUGCGGAUGCCAAGGCCCAGGUCUUGCGCGCUGCGAGAGAGACGCGUGGGGUCGUGUUGGGGGUUUUGAUUGCUGUUUUGGUGUAUUUCCUCACGGGGGUCAUGAGUGGCUUGGUGGUGAAGUGGCAGGCUUCGAGGGAGCAUAAUUGGAUUUGGCCCAAUUAAGGGAACGGGAGAGUUCGUGGGUGGGAAAUUGCUGGUGUCGGGUUUGGUCUCUCGGAGGUUUGGAUUUAAAAAUGAAAGAUAAUUCACUAUUAGUAUGUGCGAAGUAAAACCUGACUGUUUUAGUAAAGAACGCGGAUACUUCCAUUGUCAAUUGUGAAGCUAUCGCGGAGUUCCAGAUACGGGAAAAGAGAGAGAGAGAGAGAGCUUGGAUUCGACGAUAGCCGGCCCUCCGCACUGCGAAUAGAA